CCUUCAAAGAUGUCUUACUGUCAACCAUCUUGCGUUGUCCCCUCCUACGACUCUACUUCUGUGGUUGGGUUUGGGUCCUCUGGUCGCAGAGUCAACGGUCUCAGCAAUGGAAGUCUUGGCUAUGGCAGUUUCGGCUAUGGUGGUCUCAGCUAUGGUGGAUAUGGCAAUGGAUCUGAGACUCAUCACCCUUCAAAGAUGUCUUCCUGUCAACCAUCUUGCGUUGUCCCCUCCUACGACUCUACUCCUGUGGUUGGGUUUGGGUCCUCUGGUUGCAGAGUCAACGGUCUCGGCAAUGGAAGUCUUGGCUACGGCGGUUUCGGCUAUGGUGGUCUCGGCUAUGGUGGAUACGGCAAUGGAUCUGGUAAUGUCACAUCUUCCGCAGAUCUGGGCACCCUGUCUGGGGUCAUCCCGAAGUCUAUCAACCGGCUUCCUCCCUCUGAAUUUGUGAUUGAGGAGACUAGAUGGAGCUCUGUUCCAACUUAG